AUGUUCAAAAUUUCAAGUUCAAGACUCUCAGUAAAUAAAUUGACUGCAAGACCGUCUAUGAAUAAAUCAAAUGCACCAAAGGAAGAUAAGAAAGCAGCCCAGGAAGAGCAAAUGGAUGAAGUCUUUCAAAAUAAUUUUCAUAUUGUGACUGCAUUGCUUCCAACAAUCACAUUUAGAUAUGCAGAGACAGUCCGUAAGUGGGUUACCAAAUUACUCGAACCAACGAUUAAUAGAAAAGUACGGAACUCCUACGUGGCAUUUCUUGCCUUUCAAAUGCAAAAUAUGAAAAUAUCAGAGCCAUUCAAUGAAAUGCCUCCUAAGGUGUUGGAAGAACCUACAAAAAUGAUGAAUGCUGCAAAAUGGAAAACAAUUAUGCAAGAUGCUGACAAAAACUAUGUUGAACGAUUAAGGGACAUGACUUCACCACAAAUUUUAAUUAAUUUUCGUCGAGAUUUUAAAACUCCAAUGAACUUUCUCGAUGAUCAACCAACGCCAUUGAAUGGAAUAAUUGCUUAUGGAGGAUGCUUUAGCAAUCACUUUGCCAAUUAA